AUGUCGUCCUCUGCGAGCGGCUUCCUCGGCCGCUCGACUAGCAACAACUCCAACAUGCGAGGCCUGGUGCAGUUCAUUGCCGAUUUGAGAAAUGCAAGAGCUAGAGAGCUGGAAGAGAAGAGAAUCAACAAGGAGCUGGCCAACAUCCGACAAAAGUUCAAGGAUGGAAACCUGAGCGGUUAUCACAAGAAGAAAUACGUGUGCAAGCUCCUCUACAUCUACAUCCUCGGAUGGAACGUCGACUUUGGUCACCUGGAGGCCGUCAACCUCAUCUCGGCGAACAAGUAUUCGGAGAAACAAAUCGGAUACCUCGCCAUGACCUUGUUCCUACACGAGAAACACGAGCUGCUGCACCUGGUCGUCAACAGUAUACGAAAAGACCUACUGGACCAUAAUGAGCUAUUCAACUGUCUGGCUCUCCAUGCGAUUGCAAACGUUGGCGGCAGGGAAAUGGGAGAAGCCCUCAGCGGAGAGGUUCACAGGCUUCUGAUCUCCCCGACGUCCAAGGCAUUUGUGAAGAAGAAGGCAUCGCUCACCCUCCUCCGCCUAUACCGCAAGAACCCCGACAUUGUCCAGCCGCAAUGGGCCGAGCGCAUAAUAUCGCUAUUGGACGACGUGGACGUUGGCGUAGCUCUGUCCGUCACCUCUCUAGUUAUGGCCCUUGCCCAGGAUAAUGCGAAUGCGUACAAGGGAGCAUAUGCGAAGGCCACAGCAAGGAUAAAGAGAAUCGUCAUUGAUGGGGAGUAUACUCCGGACUACCUCUACUACAAGGUCCCUUGCCCUUGGCUUCAGGUCAAGCUUCUGCGUCUGCUGCAGUAUUUCCCUCCUUCAGAUGACACCCACGUCCGCGAGAUGAUCCGAGAGUCUCUGCAGAAGAUUUUGAACCUCGCCAUGGAGCAAACCAAGAACGUUCAACAGAACAACGCACAAAACGCCGUGCUCUUCGAGGCCAUCAAUCUCAUCAUUCACUUGGAUAAUGAGCAGGCCCUGUUGAAGCAGAUCUCAUCUCGCCUGGGACGAUUCUUGACAUCGAGAGAAACCAACGUUCGCUACUUGGGUUUGGAGGCAAUGACGCAUCUGGCAGCCCGCAUCGAGACCUUGGAGCCGAUCAAGCAACACCAGGAUGUCAUUCUUGGCUCACUCAAGGACAGAGAUAUCAGUGUGCGAAGGAAAGGUCUUGACCUUCUCUACAGCAUGUGCGACUCGUCCAAUGCUCAGGUCAUUGUCGGUGAACUUCUUCACUACCUCCAGAACGCCGAUUUCGCUAUAAGAGAGGAGAUGGUGCUGAAGAUUGCCAUCUUGACUGAACGGUAUGCCACUGACGUUCAGUGGUAUGUGGACAUUUCGCUGCGUCUGAUUGCCAUGGCUGGUGACCACGUCAGCGACGAGGUGUGGCAGCGUGUCAUCCAGAUUGUGACGAAUAACGAGGAGCUGCAGGUCUAUGCGGCUCAGCAUUCCUUGCAGUACGUCAAGUCGGAUCACUGCCAUGAGACCCUGGUCAAGAUUGGAGCGUACAUAUUGGGCGAGUUUGGGCAUCUCAUCGCCGAUCAGCCCAAGUGCAGUCCGAUUGAGCAGUUUAUGGCUCUCCAGAGCAAGGUUGCCGCAUGCUCAUCAAGUACACGGGCUAUGAUCCUCUCAUGUUAUGUCAAAUUUGUCAACCUGUUCCCCGAAAUCAAGCCCCAACUUCUCAAGGCAUUCCAGGUCUUCAGCCAUACACUCGACUCUGAGCUUCAGCAGAGAGCCUGCGAGUACCUGACGCUCGCCACGCUGCCGACAGAUGACCUCCUUCGCACCGUGUGCGACGAAAUGCCGCCAUUCUCUGAAAGACAAUCUGCCCUGCUUGCCAGAGUGCAUCAGAAGCAUGCCAACACUAGCGAUAAGAGAACUUGGAUUGUGGGUGGCAAGGAUGCAAACGCAGAUGUGGCAGAGAUGAAGAUGGCCAAGGAGGGUGGUCUCAAGCGGACCUUCAGCACAAACACGAACGGUCACUCGCAUGCGGCUAAUGGAGGCACCAACGGAACGAAUGGCAACGGUAACGGUGUCAAUGAUUUGGCCGGCCUGGACAUGAAUAACCUUGGACCUGCCGAGCCCAAGACGAAGGCACUGAACUUGGCAAGCGCGGCUCACUUGUCUCCCAACUGGGACAUUGGAUACAAUAAGCUGCUGCUCAAGGCAGAAGGCGUGCUGUACGAGGAUGGGCAGAUUCAGGUCGGUGUGCGUUCCGAGUACAGAGGCCAGAUGGCGUGCUUGAUUCUUUACUUCAAGAACAAGACGCCCACUGCACUGGGCUCAUUCACUACAACAUUGGAUCUCGACGAAACCGAAAAGGGCAAGCUUACAUGGGACGUGAAGAACCUGCCUGAGAGCACAAUCUAUCAGUCUGGGCAGUCUCAGCAGGUCAUCAUGUUUGAGUCGAAGAGGGUGUUUGAUAAGAGCCCGACGAUACGGAUCAGCUACCUCGCUGGUGCCCUGCAGGCUGUCACCCUCAAGCUUCCCAUCACUGCACACAAGUUUAUGGAUCCCGCAGACCUCUCCGCCGAAGAUUUCUUCAGGCGCUGGAAGCAGAUUGGCGGUGCCCCUCGCGAGGCCCAGCAGAUCUUUGGUCUAUCGCCUGGCAAGUCGGAUAGAGAGAUGAACGAAUUCUUUGUACGGCAGACGGUCGAGGGCUUCCGAUGGCGUGUCCUCGACGGUGUCGACCCCAAUGCGAAGAAUUUUGUCGGUGCUAGUGUCCUGCACACCUCAGAGGCGGGCAAAUUUGGUUGUUUGAUGCGUCUUGAGCCGAAUUAUGGAACCAAGAUGAUUCGUCUCACAAUCCGCGCCACGGACGAGAGCGUCCCCGACGUCCUCCUUAAGAUCAUGCAAGAUCGUCUCGCCGCUGGCUUUACGCCAGAAAAGUUCCAAGCCCCUACACCAUCCGAGAUAUCGGACGCAUUUAGCAAUAUUCUGGUUACAUAG